UAUCCAUAUCUAAAAAUAAUAUAUUAAAACUUAAACUGACUUGCUUUGAGGCAACGAACCAGAUAUUCCACUUCCUGACCCCUCCAUUGCUUGUUUUGUCUGCCCAGCAGUGCAUGAUAUUUCUGUAAUGCUCUGCCAGCAUGUGCCAUAUUUGACUUGUUCACCCUGCACAUGCUGCAUGUUGUAUUGACGCUGGCAUGCUUUAAGUAUAUCAGAGAAUUGAUGUAUAUAUGUAUAUUUUAAUGUUCACGGCAAGUGCACCUUUAUUUGAAUCUCAUUGUACAUUUUUGAUUAAUUGCGUGAAGAUGAGUACUAUUUUCCCAGUGAAUUACCUGUUGAGUCAAAAACAUAAAAAAACAACGGGUAAUUCACUGGAAAGUCUGUGUUAGUGGUGUUAGUGGUGUUACUGGUGUUCAGUUUCAGGUGCUGAACUGUUUGUAAUAAGAAAUGUAGUGAAGCUUAGGAUGGACUCCCACUAUUCUCAAGUGGAGGCUUCUUCAGUGAGACGACAAUGCAUUUCAAGCAUGGCAUCAACCUUCACUCUCUUUCUUUGCCUUCUGCUCAAGAUGCAUCAGAAAACAAAUUUUGGCAAUAAGGCAGAGAAAGAGACAAACAAAUGAGAUCUUUCCACCCUGACUGCUCUCGCUUUAUAAAACGAUUGCACCAGUGAGCAUAGUGCAAUUACACUUUGCAGUAAUCACUGUUUUGGUGCCCCCUGGUGCACGACAUAAGCAUGAAUUAUGAAUAGUAGAACAGGAUUUUAUUAAUGUGGCUUAACUACAUUGAUUAUCAGCUGUUCCACUGGAAAGCAUGAUAUUCCUCCAAGGAUUGGCAUUGUGCUGCUCUUAGUUUAAGUCCUGCCUUGACAAACGGCCAUGCAUUCAAGAUGAGGGACAUGGUUUCAUCAAACUUCUUCCCCACUGAUCCAUCACUGUCGCUACUUAUUUCCCUCAAGAUUUUACUUAAAAAUUAAACUUUCAGCAUCGGCUGGUGUCUUCUGACUAUCUCCAGGAGUGUAGAAAGCCUCAUAUUAACCCGUCCCUCAGGACCAGCAGCCAAAACGUGGCCAUUCCAGGCUUCAGCUGGUUGGCAAACAAAGAGUGUCAGCAGGCAAGACCUCAACUGUUCCCGGCCGGUGACAGUGUGUGUGGCCACAUAAACACUGACAUGACCAGCGCAGAGAAGGAAGCAGAGGGAAUUGAGCAACCCGAGGAGGUCUGUUUUCAAGUUUAGGUAUCUUACACAGUUCAUGUUGUUUAUCUUGAUUUCUCUUGAUGUGGGGAUGCACAUUUUUUAUCAGCCACGUCUUCCACUGCAGCUGUUCAUCAACUGUAAUUCUGCUGCAGAUUUCCCACUUAAUCUAGAUGAAUUAUUAUUACAUGUCAACCCUUUCUGAGAAGAUGCUUGUUUAACUACUUGUUUCAUCCUUUUAUCAGUCUGUCAUUUUGCUAAUGGCUUGUGAGUGAAUUUAAAUAUCGGCCUCCACGGAUGCAUCUCGCAGACUGACGAGGACAAAAGCGUUGAAUUAUUUCUAAUCACCAGGAUGGUGCAGGCCAGCUGCCGGAGAGCGAUGCCUCACCGCGACGGUUUCGCCAUCAGAGAGGUGAAAACAAAGAGGGAAGGAAGUUACAGCGUCACAGAGCUCUUAAUGCGGGGACCGGUCUACAUGGAGACCCUGCCACCAACGUAAAGAUCUCCCCCACAACCGGGCAUCUGAAGCAUUUGGUGACAGAGCGGACCCCUCCUCAGGAAUCAUUCGUCUCCCAUGUGCCAUUAAGAGUAACUGAACGCCGUCUCUUUCUUUAAUGUCUAAUCAUUCUCUGUGAGGUUGCACUAGAUGCUGCUGGAAAUUGAUUGAUUGUGGCAAAGUAUUAUUAUUGCAAAUCUAAUUUUUUUUUUGUUUGUGUUGCUCCACUCAGGCUUAAGUUUUAAAUAUAUUUAUUAGUUACAGAUCAAAGUGUCUGGCCAGAGUGGUAGUUUGGGAAUCAGCAUUGCUGGUGGGAGGGGCUCUCUGCCUUACAAUGACCAUGAUGAGGUAAGUGCUGGUGCAGAAGAGCCGGCAGGGCUCAAUCCCUUGCAACAUGUUUGCCUGUUUUGUUAAAGAUAAUGAGAAGCAGCAGCCUUGAGCAACUGAAGUACACAUUCUACUUUACCAACAGGGAGUGCUUUGAGCACAAUGUUAUUACACGUGUCCCUCAGGCUAACAUGUCUAUUUCCUUUCAGGGCAUUUAUAUUUCCAGAGUAAAUGGAGGGGGGGCAUCAGAAAAGGCAGGGGUCCAUGUUGGAGAUAGAUUGCUGGAGGUCAAUGGCCUCAAUAUGCAGGCAGCGACCCACCAUGAGGCAGUCAGCGCCCUCAGGAAUGCUGGGAGCUGCAUUAAGAUGAAAGUACUCAGAGAAAAGCUGCUACCCCGAAAGGUGUGUGACCCAGAUGAGCCUCAGGAUCCUCGGGAAGUGACGCAGCGACAGCCAUGCAGGCAGGACGGCGGAGGCCAGAGAGACAAACAGCCCAAGAUGGAGAGCACAGAGGACCGUUUGUCCAAGGAGAUUGAGGCAGUUGUCUGCAACGGCAAUGGCAUUUCUGAUUUGGGGAGCCAGUUGAACAGGACCUUCUUUAAGAUGAAGGUGCAGGCCUUGAUGAGAAAUGAUUCACUUCAAGGGGGGAAGCACACAAUGACAAUCCCGCGGAUCAUCCUCACUCAUCCCUCUACCUCAGAUGAAGAUGUGGAGCUCUUGACACAGAUCCCCAGCAGAGAGGCGCUACAUGAGUCUGACAUUCCUGACAGACACGUAAACUGUUUCGACAGCGCUUUCUACCCACCUUGACCACAGCGUAGAGGUACAUACAUGAAGGACACAGACUGUUAUUCCCCAGCUCUUUUCUUUUUCCUUCAUGUUACUCUGGUGGAUUAGUGUAAAACAACCUUUUAUGCUUUUUGUCUUCAUGAAUCAAUUGCUGCUAAUAGUAUUUAGUAAGAUUGAAUCCAUUUGCAAUAAUGGCCUUUAUUUUUAUUACUAAAACCAGAGUUUUGCCUGUGCAACUACAUAGAACAGAGACUGUAAAGCAUGAACUGACUGCUCUCUAAUGUCCAAAUGAAUUCAUAAUAAUAUAUAGAGUCAAUUUAACUAUGGACACUGCUGGCUACCUCCACUUCACACCGUUGUGCUAAAUAGUGUCUCCGCCAAUGACAAUGUGACGCCCUUAAACUUUUUAUUGUCUUCACCAAGAUAAAACGCUCCAUGGCUGAACAGAGUCCACAGGAAAUGUGCGUACUGCAGAGUCCUGAUUAAGACUG